ACUCUGUGUGGGGAAGAUGAGAGCCAGAGCAAAGGUCAGAGGAUCCAUCAGAGACUCAAACCAGAACCAGAACCAGAACCCAGCUGUGUGUCCUUUAAGAGUGACAGGUCAAAGGAUGCAUUCCUUCACUUUAAAUCUCCUGGAUCUCCACCAUCAGAGAGGAUCCAUCAGAGAUCAAAACCAGAACCAGAACUAGAACCCAGCUGUGUCUCCGUUAAGAGCAACUGGUCAAUGGAUGAUCCUGUUGUUGGCUUUAAAUCUCCUGGACCUCCAUCAUCAGAGAGAGUGGACCAGCAGAGCUCAGAGGUUCCCAGUGGUCCAUCUACCCAGCAGCAUCAAACACAGCUGGACUCCGUAUUUAUGCUUCUGGAGGACAACAUUGUCACUUUUGUGAAAAAUGAGCUGAAGAAGAUUCAGAAGGUUCUGAGUCCUGAUGACACAGAAUGUUCAGAGAGUCAGAAUGAUGAUGAUGAGGUGUUGGAAGGUGAGGAUGAAGAGCAGAGGAGGAGCAACAGAGAGGCAGUGAUGAAGAUCACACUGAACUUCCUGAGGAGGAUGAAGCAGGAGGAGCUGGCUGACCGUCUGCAGAGCAAACAAUUUGCUGCAGUUUUUCGACAUGAUCAUAAAUCUGUUCUGAAGAAGAAGUUCCAGUCUGUGUUUGAGGGGAUUGCUAAAGCAGGAAGUCCAACCCUUCUGAACCAGAUCUACACAGAGCUCUACAUCACAGAGGGAGGGACUGGAGAGGUCAAUGAUGAACAUGAGAUCAGACAGAUUGAAACAGCAUCCAGGAAACCACACAGACCAGAAACAACAAUCAGACAAGAAGACAUCUUUAAAGUCCCACCUGGAAGAGAUCAACCAAUCAGAACAGUGAUGACAAAGGGAGUGGCUGGCAUUGGGAAAACAGUCCUAACACAAAAGUUCACUCUGGACUGGGCUGAAGACAAAACCCACCAGAACAUCCAGUUCAUAUUUCCAUUCACGUUCAGAGAGCUGAAUGUGCUGAAAGAGAAAAAGUUCAGCUUGGUGGAACUUGUUCAUCACUUCUUUAAUAAAACCAAAAGAAUCUGCAGCUUUGAACACUUCCAGGUUCUGUUCAUCUUUGAUGGCCUGGAUGAGAGUCGACUUCCUCUGGACUUCCACAACAAGGAGAUCCUGACUGAUGCUACAGAGUCCACCUCAGUGGAUGUUCUGCUGACAAACCUCAUCAGGGGGAAACUGCUUCCUUCUGCUCUCCUCUGGAUAACCACACGACCUGCAGCAGCCAAUCAGAUCCCUCCUCAGUGUGUUGACAUGGUGACAGAGGUCAGAGGGUUCAAUGACCCACAGAAGGAGGAGUACUUCAGGAAGAGAUUCAGAGAUAAGAAACAGGCCAGCAGGAUCAUCUCCCACAUGAAGACAUCACGAAGCCUCCACAUCAUGUGCCACAUCCCAGUCUUCUGCUGGAUCACUGCUACAGUUCUGGAGGAUGUGUUGCAGACCAGAGAGGGAGGAGAGCUGCCCAGAACCCUGACUGAGAUGUACAUCCACUUCCUGGUUGUUCAGACCAAAGUGAAGAAGGUCAAGUAUGAUAGAGGAGGUGAAACAGAUCCACACUGGAGCCCAGAGAGCAGGAAGAUGAUUGAGUCUCUGGGAAAACUGGCUUUUGAUCAGCUGCAGAAAGGAAACCUGAUCUUCUAUGAAUCAGACCUGACAGAGUGUGGCAUCGAUAUCAAAGCAGCCUCAGUGUACUCAGGAGUGUUCACACAGAUCUUUAAAGAGGAGAGAGGUCUGUACCAGGACAAGGUGUUCUGCUUCAUCCAUCUGAGUGUUCAGGAGUUUCUGGCUGCUCUUCAUGUUCAUCGGACCUUCAUCAACUCUGGUGUCAACCUGAUGGAAGAAACACAAACACCUAUGCUGUGGUCAUUAUUUAGCAAACCUAAACUAAAUUCUCUCCAUCAGAGAGCUGUUGACCAGGCCUUACAGAGUCCAAAUGGACACCUGGACUUGUUCCUCCGCUUCCUCCUUGGACUUUCACUGCAGACCAAUCAGAGACUCCUAAAAGGCCUGCUGACACAGACAGGAAGUAGCUCACAGACCAAUCAGGAAACAGUUCAGUUUAUCAAGAAAAAAAUCAGUGAGAAAGUGUCUGCAGAGAAAAGCAUCAAUCUGUUCCACUGUCUGAAUGAACUGAAUGAUCGUUCUCUAGUGGAGGAGAUCCAACAGUCUCUGAGUUCAGGAAGUCUCUCCACAGAUAAACUGUCUCCUGCUCAGUGGUCAGCUCUGGGUUUCAUCUUAGUGUCAUCAGGAAAAGAUCUGGAUGUGUUUGACCUGAAGAAAUACUCUGCUUCAGAGGAGGUUCUUCUGAGGCUGCUGCCAGUGGUUAAAGCCUCCAACAAAGCUCUACUGAGUGGCUGUAACCUCUCAGAGAGAAGCUGUGAAGCUCUGUCCUCAGUUCUCAGCUCCCAGUCCUCCAGUCUCAGAGAACUGGACCUGAGAAAAAACAACCUGCAGGAUUCAGGAGUGAAGCUUCUCUCUGCUGGACUGAAGAGUCCAAACUGCAACCUGGAAACUCUCAGACUGAGUGGCUGUAACCUCUCAGAGAGAAGCUGUGAAGCUCUGUCCUCAGUUCUCAGCUCCCAGUCCUCCAGUCUCAGAGAACUGGACCUGAGUAACAACAACCUGCAGGAUUCAGGAGUGAAGCUUCUCUCUGCUGGACUGAAGAGUCCAAACUGCAACCUGGAAACUCUCAGCUUAUCAGGCUGUUUGGUCUCAGAGGAAGGCUGUGCUUCUCUGGCCUCAGCUCUGACCUCCAACCCCUCCCAUCUGAAAGAGUUGGACCUGAGCUACAAUCAUCCAGGAGACUCAGGAGUGAAGCUGCUGUCGGCUGGACUGAAGGAUCCACACUGGAGACUGGAAGCUCUCAGGGUGGAGCCUGCUGGAGUCCCAUUCUUGACACCAGGUCUGAGGAAGUAUUCCUGUCAACUCACCAUCGACACAAACACAGUGAACAGAAAACUCAAACUGUCUGAAGACAACAGGAAGGUGACACGUGUGGAGGAGCUUCAGUCAUAUCCUGAUCAUCCAGACAGAUUUGAUAGCUGGAAUCAGCUGCUGUGUAGAACUGGUCUGACUGGUCGCUGUUACUGGGAGGUUGAGUGGAGAGGAAAAGUUGAUAUAUCAGUGAGUUACAGAAGAAUCAGGAGGAAAGGAAACACUAGAGACUGUGUGUUUGGAUAUAAUGAUCAUUCCUGGAGUCUGAGAUGCUCUGAUGAUGAUGGUUACUCUGUCUGGCACAAUAAGAUAGAAACUCGUCUCUCCUCCUCCUCUGACUCUCACAGAGUAGCAGUGUAUGUGGACUGUCCUGCUGGCAUUCUGUCCUUCUACAGAGUUUCCUCUGACUCACUGAUCCUCCUCCACACCUUCAACACCACAUUCACUGAACCUCUGAUUCCUGGAUUUUCGGUCUGGUGGUCCAAUUAUGGUUCCUCAGUGUUUCUGUGCUGAGUUGAGUCUAAAGAGUCUAAAGAAUUUCGUCCUAUCAGAGAAACUCUCUCACUGAUUAAAAGAUAGUUCAGUCUCUACAUGUUUUUCAUUCAGAAACAUAUUUUCAUGGAUCCAAACUGUUUCUUGGUUAAACUCUUCUGCACAACCCUGGGAUUAUUCCAGGAUUAUAACUGGAUCAACUUGUUGUUUUUUUCUGUUUCCAGUCAAAGAUUCACAAUGAAUCUCAGGAUGUUUUGUUUCUCUCUUGAGUUUUUCCUUUCAUUUAUCAUUCAGAUUUCUUUUAAUUUACAACAGUUUUUCUCAAUCACUGGACAUUUUUUUGUUUCUGUCAACUCAUAUAUUCAUAAAUUUGUCUUGGAUUCAAAUGUUAUUUUUUGUAUAUUUACUGCAGUUCUACUUCAUGUGUUUUAGUGAACAAUAAACACAUUUUAUUCUGAAUUUUA